AUGGGCAAUGCCACCCCGCCCAUCUACUCUGCUGCGAUCAAUCGCUUCAUCCUCGGCCCCGCGUCUACCGAGCCUGUCAUCGCAAUACCACCACGACCCGCCGAUGCGCUGGUAAACCACUAUGAGACGUUGCAUCUGACCUCGACGGCUUCUGCCUCUGAGAUCAAGCGCCAAUUCUAUACCCUCUCCAAGAAAAACCACCCGGACCACAACCGCAAUGAUCCCGAAGCCUCCACACGUUUCGUCGCUAUAAGCGAAGCCUACCACGUUCUCUCCGUCCCAGAGAAACGUGCACAAUACGACGCUCAACUCGAGCAUUCACAACGGCAGUCGCGAUGGGGACAGAGCGGGAAUGACUACCCGCAGGGGAGCUACAGCUCCGCUGCCUAUGGCUCAAGACCGGCUAGUGGGCUGAAUAAGAAACGCAGUACCUUCCGAGGCCCACCGCCUUCGUUCUACAAAUCUGGCGGCUAUGGACGCCAUGGUGCGAAGCGAGCCGAAUACGCAUAUUCUAACGCACACGAACGAGGGGAAACAGGCAAGGAUGCCGGUCAAGAGUCCUACGGCGAAUGGGGCGGCUUUGGUCCAGGACAGCAGAAGCAAGGCAAUCAAGUUCCCCAUUUUGACGACAUAAGGCACAAAGAAACGCAGGACAACGUAAAUGAUCAUAUAUGGGCUAGGCGAAGGAAGCUGCGCAGGCAUGGCAUCAAGGUGGAAGAGGAAUGGGAAAAGGGCAACAUGGUUGUCAAUUUCCUAGCAGUUUCGACUGUCAUUGCGCUCAUUGGGAUUACGGCCAAGUUCUUCGAGAAUCGGCACGAGGCUAGUAGUCGUCGUAAGAACAAGGAGAGCGCAUAA